CGGAAGUGAGUGAGCACUUCCGGCGGCCAUACCUGCGGCGCUGCUGUCUCUGUGGUGCUGCUGUCCCGGUCUCGCUGCCGUCAUGAAGGAUGUACCCGGCUUCUUGCAGCAGAGCCAGAGCUCAGGGCCCGGCCCGGCCGCUGUGUGGCACCGCCUGGAGGAGCUCUACACGAAGAAGUUGUGGCAUCAGCUGACACUUCAGGUGCUUGAUUUUGUGCAGGAUCCAUGCUUUGCCCAAGGAGAUGGUCUCAUUAAGCUUUAUGAAAACUUCAUCAGUGAAUUCGAACACAGGGUGAACCCUUUGUCUCUGGUAGAAAUCAUUCUUCACGUAGUUAGACAGAUGACUGAUCCUAAUGUAGCUCUUACUUUUCUGGAAAAGACUCGUGAGAAGGUAAAGAGCAGCGACGAGGCAGUGAUCCUGUGUAAAACUGCGGUUGGAGCUCUAAAAUUAAACAUCGGGGACCUCCAGGUCACCAAGGAAACAAUUGAAGAUGUGGAAGAAAUGCUCAACAACCUCCCCGGAGUGACAUCAGUUCACAGUCGUUUCUACGAUCUCUCCAGUAAAUACUACCAGACAGUUGGGAACCAUGCAUCCUACUACAAAGAUGCGCUGCGAUUCCUGGGCUGUGUUGACAUCAAGGACCUGCCAGUGUCUGAGCAGCAGGAGAGAGCGUUCACACUGGGACUGGCAGGACUUCUUGGCGAGGGAGUCUUCAACUUCGGAGAGCUCCUCAUGCACCCCGUGCUAGACUCGCUGAGGAGCACCGACCGGCAGUGGCUGAUUGACACCCUUUAUGCCUUCAACAGUGGCAACGUGGAGAGAUUCCAGACCCUGAAGGCCUCUUGGGGCCAGCAGCCUGAUUUAGCAGCCAACGAAGCCCAACUUCUGAGGAAGAUCCAGCUGUUGUGCCUCAUGGAGAUGACUUUCACACGACCUGCCAACCACAGACAACUCACUUUUGAAGAAAUAGCCAAAAGUGCUAAAAUCGCUGUGAAUGAGGUGGAGCUGCUGGUGAUGAAGGCGCUGUCGGUGGGCCUGGUGAGAGGCAGUAUUGACGAAGUGGAUGAGCGGGUUCACAUGACCUGGGUGCAGCCCCGCGUGCUCGAUCUGCAACAGAUCAAGGGCAUGAAGGACCGCCUGGAGUUCUGGUGCACGGACGUGAGGAGUAUGGAGAUGCUGCUGGAGCAUCAGGCCCACGACAUCCUCACCUAGAUGCCCCGCCUCGGCCUUCUGUGGCCCGUGACGCUGGCCGCCCAGUUCUGCAUUUCACUGGGGGUGUGGCUGGGAUUCUGUUUGGCGUCAGGACUGUUCUCACCUUAGACACAGGACCAUCACUGAUGGGGUCCUGGUCACAGGGAGAAGCCUCCUUUGUGGGCAUCUUGUGUAGCCUGCAGUGGGAAGGGGUCCCUGGGUCUCAGGCGAUGGGCAGGCAAGGGUAUGGGCCCGAGGGCUGGGAAGGAGUAGGCCAGAGGCUGAGGAGGACGCCCACACAGAUGCUCUCCAUCGCACCCUCCUGCAAGGACCUUUCCCAGCAGGUGUGAGAACCUUCCUGUAAUAAACACCUUUGCUCUGUC